AUGGUGUUCGAAAAGUUGGUAAUGAUACUGCCAGUGAUGCUCCCUCUUGUCUCCUUGAAUUUUGAACUUUGUUCCUGCUUCACUUCCUUUGUGUUCGGGGAUUUGUUCGUGGAUUCUGGAAAUAACGACUAUCUCUUGACGCUUUCCAGGGCUGAUUCGCCUCCUUAUGGCAUUGACUUUAAACCAUCCGGUGGUCAACCCACGGGAAGGUUCACCAAUGGCCGAACCAUUGCAGACAUAGUCGGUCAAGCUCUUGGGGAAGAGUCAUUUCCUCCACCAUUCUUGGCCCCAUAUAGUCAAGAACACGCCACGAGUAGAGGCAUAAACUAUGCUUCUGGAGCAGCAGGAAUUUGGAUGAAGCAGGAUCCUUAUUUGUAAGUACCAUUUAUAGAGAGAGUUCCAUUGCGGAAGCAGGUGGACCACUUCGAGAAUACGAAGAACUACAUGGGCGGUGUAAUGGGAGAGAGAGAGACAAAUGACUUCCUGGAGAGGGUAGUCUUUUCGCUCACAGUUGGGUCUAAUGACAUCAUAAACUACAUCCUAACGUCCGUACCAUAUCUCUCUGCCCAGAAGCUGCCUCCCGCGAUGUACCAAAGUUUCGUGAUCUCCAAUUUGACAUUGCAGCCCAAGGGGUUCCGUGAGAUGAGGCCUAGAAGAUUUGUCAUGGUCAGGAUCGGGCCGUUGGGGCGCAUACCCUUCAUCCGUGCCCUCAAUCUAUUUCUUCCCAGCAGAAGCUGUGUCGUACAAGUGAAUCAUUUUGUUCAGGGCUACAACAAGAAGCUGAAGGAGCUGCUCAAUGAGCUGAAUCAAGAGGGAAGUCGUGAAGCCAUGUUCAUUUAUGUGAACUCAUACAAAGUAUUCAUGGAAAUCGAGCUAAACUAUCAGCAACAUGCGUUCAAGAAUGCCGAUGCCCCGUGUUGCAGGGGAUUCUUUCCGCCAUUCGAUUGUCACAACGCAACCUCCGUGAUGUGCAACGAUGGAUCCAUGUACGUGUACUGGGAUGCUUGUCACAACACAGAAGCCGCCAAUAUAGUUGUUGCUCGGGAAUUGCUGGGCGGAUAUCAAACCAGAAGCUACCACAUCUGUAAUAAAUGAGCUUUGAAAAAAAAAAGGAUUUGAAAAGUCAACCAAAGAAACUAAAGGAGAACAGUGGAAGCUUCGGCUAUUUUUAAAGAGGAGAGAGGGAGGGCUUGGGCAGAAACGAAACAGGGGAAAGAAAGAAACAGGGGAGAGGAGAGAAAGAAGAGAAAGGAAAAAGUGAAAAAGAGAAAAAAUUUGCCGUGCUCGUGAUCCGGACACUUCAUCAAGCCGAGUCAACUUUGUUGUCAACUUUGUUUUGCAACG